CUGAAUAUUUCCUUUGACAAUCGAGAUUUGGGAAACUUAUUUCUUCAGCUCGUAUCUAUUUUCUUUAGUACGUCAUCAAUUACCAAAUCGCGAUUGAUACGGAUAAGAUAACCAUAAUCCCCAGGUUCCAUCUCUAUUAAGUAAAGGCACGCACCUCGCCGCUCCGCCAUCACCAAUUUCUGGAAUCAACCAGUCACGAUAAUGGCUGCACCUUACGUUGAACAAGUGCUUCCUCCUGUGUUGGAUUCUACUUCAGAGCCUCCCACACUCUUUGAUGGAACCACUAGGUUGUAUACCAAUUACCACUGCCCAUAUGCGCAGCGAGUGUGGAUAGUCAGGAACUACAAGGGUUUACACGACGAGAUCAAAUUGGUUCCAAUUAACCUUCAGAACAGGCCUGCUUGGUACAAGGAGAAAGUAUAUCCCCCAAACAAGGUGCCUUCAUUGGAGCACAAUGGAAAAAUUAUUGGAGAGAGUCUGGAUUUGGUGAAAUACGUAGAUGCCAACUUCAAAGGACCAUCUUUGUUACCUGAUGAUCCCGCUAAAAAGGAAUUUGCUGAGGAGUUGAUAGCCUACUCCGGUACGUUUGUGGAUAAUGUGUACGCAUCAUUCAGAGGAGACGACACCGUAAAGCAAGCAGGUUCUGAAUUUGAUUACUUGGAAACUGCCCUCCAUAAGUUUGAGGAUGGACACUUCUUCCUUGGUCAAUUUAGUCAAGUAGAUGUUGUCUAUAUUCCAUUCGUCGAGAGAAUUCGGCCCUUCCUCUACCAAGUGUGGAAAUAUGAUGUUACAUCAGGGAGGCCAAAGUUAGCUAAAUGGAUUCAGGAAAUGAAUGAGAUUGAUGCUUACAAGCCAACAAUACCUGACCCUCAGCUUAUUGUGGAGAAAUAUAAAAUCCGUUUUCUGGGUCAAAAAUGAAGGAUGCUUAGAGAGGGAGGGAGCAGUUUAUGUGAUCCAUAAAUAAGAUCGCAGCAUGUAUAUGUCACGCCCGCAUUUCCUAAGGAUAGGAAGUACGGUGGACCGCGACUAGGGGAGGAAUAAAGAAGCGGGGAAGAAAGGGGAGAACAAGAAUACUUGACCCGAAAACGUUUAAUU